AUGAAAAAUUUGAAUGUUCAAGGCUCUUGUGAAAAACAACUGGAGGGCCUCGCAGAUAGAAAAUUCCAAUCCUCAUAUUUUAAAUUAGCAGUAAAAGAUGAAUACAUCAAGAAAAUUAAAGAUUAUUUUUGUGUCACAUAUCCUGGAGUGGGAUUCUGUCCUGCAACCCCGUCUCCAGCUCCUCAACAAGCUGCUCCACAAGGUCCUCCUCAAUUGACUCCUGAACAAAUUCAACAACAGCAGAUGAUGAUUCAACAACAACACAUGAUGCAGCAGCAGCAGCAAGCUCUAUCUAUGCUCACGACACCAUCUGGAUUCAUUGGCAAUAAUCCUGGAAUAUCAAUAGGUCUCGCUGUUAUCUUGAUCUCUGGAUUCUGUUUCUUUGCUGCAUUCGCAAUUUCAUUUCUUACUGCAAAAAAUCAAAAACCAACAGUGAACAAGGGGAGACCCCAAAAUCGGGCGAGAAGACAGUCAAAAAAUGGAAAUAAGCCAAAGAAGGGAAGAAGUUCAUGUGCACGUGAGCAAACUCUCAUGUAA